CCUUGGACUCUGACCUGGCAGUUUGUGUAUUUGGUGUUGCAGGGAAUCACAGAGUCGGGAAGUAAAAGUGUGUUUUUUAAAACAACAAAGUUAGAUCGUCUCUCCCCGGAACUUCCCAAGACUAUGGCAGUGCUCCUCGCAGUGUUGGGCUUCCUGUCGCUAUGGCCGGCUGGAACGGACAGCAGCAGGAUCCUGGUGGUGCCGGUGGACGGCAGCCAUUGGAUCAACAUGGAGGUGAUCCUGAAAGUGCUGCACUCCAGAGGACACCAACUCACGGUGCUGCACUCCCCCAACAGCUGGUACAUCCCGACCAACGCUUCCUUCUACACUUCUAUCACCGCCCGCAUGUUCGAGGAUGGCAACAAGAAGGACUACUACAAUAAAUUGCUCUUGAAUGUUCUCGAGGUCCGCCGGUCCGCCGGCUUCUUGACGACCUUCUACCAGCAGCGCUUGAUCACAAACCUGUUGGCGACCGGACAUAAAACUCUGGCCGAUGCAGCCGGCGAGAUGUUGGACAACCCUGCUUUCGUUGCAAAGCUACGAGAGGCCAAGUUUGAUUUGAUGCUAACGGAUCCCGGCCUGACGGUGGGGGUGCUUCUGGGGAAUUACCUCAAGUUGCCGAUGGUUUUCAACGUGCGUUGGAUGAAUAAUGGCGAGAGCCACUUUGCCAUGGCCCCGUCCCCGCUCUCCUACGUCCCCGUGCCCGGAAGUGAGCUGGAUGAUCAGAUGGAUUUCCCGGGAAGGCUUAAGAACAUGCUACAUUACGUUUACAGUCUCAUCGAACUCCACUUUUACUUGAACCCGGUUUAUGCAGAUUUGUUCCGGCGCCACUUUCCACCCAAAACAGACUUGUUCACCCUGGAGCAUGCGGCGGAUAUCUGGCUGGUGAGGUCAGAUUUUAUCUUUGAGCUCCCGCGGCCGACCAUGCCAAAUGUGUUCUACGUGGGGGGUUUCCAGUGUGAGAAGGCCAAACCCUUGACUGCGGAUCUGGAAGCCUUCGUGCAGAGCUCGGGGGAGCACGGGGUGGUGUUGAUGUCUUUGGGAACGCUGGUGUCGGCCCUGCCUCGUGAUGUCACCGAAGCCAUCGCCGCUGCGUUCGCUCAGCUCCCCCAGAAGGUGGUCUGGAGGAUCAAAGGGGAGAAGCCUUCGUCCUUGGGCGACAACACCUUGUUGGUGGACUGGUUGCCUCAGAAUGACCUCUUGGGACACCCCAAAACCCGCGCCUUUGUCGCUCACGGAGGUACCAACGGCAUGUACGAGGCCAUCUACCACGGGGUUCCGGUUCUGGGUCUGCCGCUGCUCUUUGACCAGUUUGACAACCUAUUGCGACUGAAGGUGCGUGGGGCAGCCCGAGUGGUGGAGGCCAAAUCGCUCACCGCGGAAAGCUUCCUGGAAGCUCUCAAGGACAUCCUGGAGAAUCCGACCUACCGCGAUAACAUGCGCCGACUCUCUCGUCUCCAUCACGAUCGCCCGAUGCCUCCGUUGGAGACCGCCGUCUUUUGGAUCGAGUACGUCACCAGGCACGGAGGAGCGUCGCAUCUGCGGGCAGUCGGUUACAGCCUGCCUUGGUACUCCUACUUCUGCCUGGACGUGGUUCUGUUCAUCACCGCUGUCGUCGCGACUUUUGCGUGGAUUUCCAUGUUCACGUGUAAGACCGUCUGCUGUCGGCGGUUCGGUAGAAAGAUGAAACGCGAAUGAAACAUUCUGAUUGUUGAUAUUGGUUGUCACUCGUUUCAUUUCGACCACUGAACCCGACAUUGCUGCUGCCUGGGAAUCAAAAUGCAGAGCAACGUUAGCGUAGAAAAGGUGACCAGGUCAAGUUCGUCUCUAUACGCUGGGACAGGGGUGUCGGUUUGUUGUCGGAUUUUUAUUUUUUUUUUAAUCAAUAAAUCAGUCUGGUGGCAUUUUCAA